CCGCACAGAUGCCGUCGGCGGCGGAAGAGCUAGCAUACGAGUUGGAGCACGGCUCGGCCGAGAUCAAGAGCUCCGGAAAGGGCGCCCAAGCAGGAGCGG